AUGACCUCAAGACAUCUUUCUUCCUCGUCUUCUCUUCUCAACACUGGCGCUUCUGGUGGUUCUGAGGAUGCUUUCAAUUACUCGAUAAUAAAAGAAGGAUCGAAGUUCACAGAAGACUACAAAGUAUAUUGCUAUGACAAGUCGGCCGAUAGAGUCUUAUCGUACUUCCAUGAUGUCCCUAUUAACUUCAAUACAGCCCAAAAGACUGUAAACAUGAUAUUGGAAAUUCCUUUCCUCACCAAUGCUAAAUUCGAAAUCAACAAAAAACUAAAAUUCAAUCCCAUCACCCAAGAUAUUAAAAACGAUAAAGUGAGAUUCAUCCACAACUUGUUUCCAUUUCAUGGAUACGUUUCAAACUAUGGCUCAAUUCCACAAACAUGGGAGGAUCCAAUUCAUUUUGAAGAGAUUGAGAAAGACUUGCGUUUACAAGGCGAUAACGAUCCAUUAGAUAUAGUUGACAUCAGUGUUGGCAAUACGUUGAACAGUGAAAAGGAUGUUGGUGAUAUUUACAAAGUGAAGGUCUUGGGUGCUUUGGCAUUGAUUGACGAUGGUGAAAUCGACUGGAAAAUAAUUUCCAUCAACUGCAAUGAUCCGUUAUCAAAACAUUUGAGCGAUAUUAACGACAUUAAUAAGAUUAUGCCAAAUUACUUGAACCACUUGAAAAAUUGGUUUAAAAAUUACAAAAAACCAAUGAACAAACCAGAAAAUAAAUUUGCAUUCAACGGCGAAUACUUAAAUUCAGAUAAAGCAAUCGAGAUUAUUUCAAAAUGCUAUUCAAAUUGGCAACAACUAAUAUCAAGCAAAUACUCAAACGCAGAACUAAAUAUAAGUCCAAAAAUCAUUGCCAAAUUACCAACUGUGAGUAACUCCACUUUGAAAGAUACUGCAGGUUUUGAGUCGAUUGCAAGUAAAAAACAAACAGUGAAAGAGGCAAAGCUCCCAGAAUCAGCUAUUCCCUCUGAGGUAAAUAAAUAUUACUUUGUGGAUUAA